UAUCAAGCCAUUUCGCUUUUUGAGCUGGCUAUGCCGCCCAAUGAGAUCAGCAUCAGUCACCAUUAUCUAGAAACUUUGAACAUACCUACUAUGCAUUUCCGUAGACCUCUUUGGCAUGCAAAUAAUAUAAAAAAUAAUAGACUAAUCGAGACUGAUUCCAAGGAGGAGAGGGAUGUUUGCAACUCUUCUUCGUCGAAUACUCUACCCGCUGAUGUUCUUUUAAAUUCCGCUGCUUCCACAGUCUCGUCCGCCUUCGAUGACGAAAUGAACGUUGGCUCUAAUUUCAUGAUAUGCGACAAUACCGUUUUUGUCAAUUCAUUCACUGAUUGGACUCCUUCUGAAGAUUGUGGCGCUGCCGUCAUGGUGAUUGUGCCAAACUACUUAGCAAAGGAAGCUUAUGAUACCUUAGAGAAGUACUACAACAUUUAUAACGCCGUGAGGCAUCAUCUCUUAACCCUACAACACAAGACUACUUCAGAACAGUUCCUUACCCAUUUGGAAGCGUUUAACACAAAUUUACGAAUGCUUGUGUUCUUCCAAACUGAACUGAAUAUUUGA